CUCCCUUCGCCCCGAUCCGGUAGUCAACAGACCACGCUGCGAGCCACGGAGGCACCACAGAACUAGACCAGCUUCCGGGAUUCAUCCAGACCGCUGCGACUCUUCAGACGCUCACGGGCACGAGGUUUGGCUUCCAGGCACCCUGUCUGCCAGACCCGCGGUAGCACGCGACAACAUCGCUCCACUCCGCCGCUGUUGGAGCCUCAGGCGAUUGAUAGCAAUUCCCUUCGUUUACUAUCGCGAGGCUUUGGAGUGACUACUAUUAGUUUUAUUUAAAAUGGGUGUAAAGAAGAAGAAAGAAAUGCAAGUAAUGGCAUUGACCAUUUGUCAUCAGGACUUUCAAACUUUGAGAGCUUUGGCUGAUAUAGAAGGGAAAAAUCUAGCUUCUUUGCUGCUACAUUGUGUACAACUCACUGAUGGAGUGUCACAAAUCCAUUAUGUUAAACAGAUUGUGCCUUUACUGGAGAAGGCAGAUAAAAAUGGCACGUGUGAUUCUACUAUUCGAAGUUGUUUGGAUAUUUUAGCAGGCAUUUAUCUCUGUUUGAGUCUAAAGAACCCCUUGAAGAAAGUCUUGGCAAGCUCCCUUAAUGGCCUACCUGAAUUUUUUCUAAGUGAGGCUAUACAAAGUUUUACUUCUCGUCUUCAGGAAGAAUUGAAUACUGCUGAUCUAUAUUCUUAUAGGAAAGUAAUUGACAAUAUAUCUUCUUGUAUGGAGAACUUUAACUUGGGUAGAACAAGUGUUACUAAUCUUCUGAAAAAUGUGCUUCAUUUUCUGCAGAAGAGUUUAAUUGAAAUCUCAGAAGAAAAUAGAAAAUUUGCUGGAAACCGUAUUGUUCAAACACAGUUGAUGAACGACUUGUUGGUAGGCACUAGGGUUUCAGUGAUGGUAGUACAGAAAGUACAGUGUUUCCAGAGAAUUCAUUUGAAUAUUUCCAGUUCUCCCAUGUGGCAGAAUAUGUGUGGAUUGCUGGGUAUUUUCACCAAGUUUUUAAGUGAUGAUGACCUCUUACAAACAAUUCAGAGUACAUCUGGAUUAGCUGUUGUUCUUUUUAUCAAGACUAUGUUUCAUCCUCCUGAAAAGAUUCCUGAUUUGAUCAGUAGUAUGCUUCUCCAUUCGGUGGACUGCACCAGCGUCCCUGAGUGGUUUUUGAACUGCUGCAGAAGGCUUUGUGGUGUUGAUGUCCCGCAGCCAGCUCUCUUAUUCCUGUGUCAGGGGACACUCACCAUGUUGGACUGGCAGAACGCGAGGAUGGGUCCAAGUGGGGAGGCCCUGCUCUUGGAUACUGUGCAUGUUCUGUUCACCCUGAGUUCACAGAUCAAGGAAUCAACUCUGGAAAUGUUUCUGUCGAGAAUUUUGGCAUCAUGGACUAAUUCAGCCAUACAUGUCCUUGAGUCAAGUUCCCCAAGCCUAAGGGACAGUCUGAAUGGAAAUUCAAGCAUAGUUAAGAGACUUUUAGAAUAUGUCUAUACCCAUUGGGAGCAUCCUUUGGAUGCUUUGAGACACCAAACCAAAAUCAUAUUCAGAAAUAUUCUCCAAAUGCACCAACUCACUAUUGAAAAUUCAGAUUUAGCCACUGAUCAUUUCAUAGUUGAACUGACUGAGAGUCUUCUGCGACUGGAAUGGCAUAUUAAAGGAAAGUACACAUGCCUUGGUUGUUUAGUAGAUUACGUAGGAGUUGAACAUAUUUUGGCACUAGCUAAAACUAUUCCAUCGCAAAUCUUAGAGGUGAUGGGGGACCAGUCAUUGGUACCUUAUGCAAGUGACCUCUUGGAAACCAUGUUUAAAAAUCAUAAGAGUCAUUUGAAAUCCCAGACUGUUGACAGUGCUUGGAUUGAUGAAUGGCAUGAGACUUGGGUUUCUCCUCUCCUUCUUAUACUGUGUGAAGGAAAUCUGGAUCAAAAAUCGUAUGUGAUUGAUUAUUACUUGCCAAAGUUAUUGAAUUGCAACCCAGAAAGUUUAAGCUACAUGGUAAAGAUUCUUCAGACUUCUGCUGAUGCUAAAACUGGGUCUUACAACAGUAGAGGGGCUCUGGGAGCUUUGAUGGCAUGUCUACGGACAGCUAGAGCUCAUGGACAUCUUCAGUCUGCAGCUGAUGCCUGGGGGAACCUUGUGACCAGUGCAAGAAUAAAGCAAGGCUUAAUUCAUCAGCACUGCCAGGUACGUCUAGAUACAUUAGGUUUGCUUUGUGAAAGUAAUCGAAGCACAGAAAUCAUUUCCCCAGAAGAAAUGCAGUGGAUUCAAUUCUUUAUCACGUACAAUCUUAACAAUCCAUCUCCAGGAGUGCGGCAGCAGAUUUGUUCUCUUCUUAAAAAGUUGUUUUGUAGGAUACAGGAAAGUUCUCAGGUACUUUAUAAGCUGGAGCAAAGUAAAGCCAAAUGUGAACCAGAGAAUGAGUUUACCAAACAGCACCCUUCUGUUUCUUUACAGCAAUAUAAGAAUUUCAUGUCAUCCAUUUGCAACAGUCUUUUUGAAGCAUUGUUUCCUGGUUCUUCCUACCCAACUAGAUUCUCGGCUUUAACCAUUUUAGGCUCAAUGGCUGAGGUUUUUCCUGUCCCAGAAGGUGGAGUUCAAACAGUGUAUCAGCUGAGUCAUGAUAUUGACAUUGGUCGUUUGGAAACAUUGAUAGAAUGUUUUACCAGCACUUUUGAAGAAGUGAAAAUCUUAGCAUUUGAUCUUCUAAUGAAGUUACCAAAGACUAUUGUACAAUUUCUGGAUUCAGAGAAAUUGCAAGGCUUAUUCCAGGCAGCACUGGAGCUCAGCAAAAGCACCAAGCCAUAUGACUGUGUAACAGCCUCCUACCUGCUGAACUUCUUAAUCUGGCAGAAUGCUCUGCCGUCAUCUCUAUCUGCCUACCUAAAAACUCAGCAAGUUGCAUGUGAAGAUGGAGAUAAGUCUGCUGCUAUGGUGGAAAGGAACACAUUAAUGGUUAUUGAAUGCUUGUUAGAAAAUCUUGAAGAAGAAAUAUCUCAGGCUGAAAAUUCUCUGCUUCAGGCAGCAGCAUCAUUUCCAAUGUAUGGGCGAGUCCACUGUAUAACAGGAGCUUUGCAGAAGUUAUCUCUAAACAGCCUGCAGUUUGCAAAUGAAUGGCGACCUAUGGUGGAGAAGCUCCUUCUGACGUCCUAUAGGCUUUCUGCUGUGGUGUCUCCAGUCAUUCAGAGCUCCUCCCCAGAAGGCCUCAUCCCAAUGGACACUGACUCAGAGUCAGCAAGCCGCUUACAGACAAUUUUGAAUGAGAUUCAACCACGAGAUACUAAUGAUUACUUCAAUCAAGCCAAAAUACUGAAAGAACGUGAUAGUUUUGAUUUGAAAGACUUGAAUGCAAGUGUACGGAGUAUUGAUACUUCUGCAGAAAGCAAAGGUAGUAAAGAAGGAAAAACAUGUGAUGUGACUGCUCAGAUGGUGCUGGUAUGUUGUUGGAGAAGUAUGAAGGAAGUUGCUUUACUUUUAGGCACACUGUGCCAGCUUCUACCCAUGCAGUCUGCGCCAGAAUCUCCUGAUGGAUUACUGACAGUGGAGCAGGUAAAAGAAAUAGGAGAUUACUUUAAACACCACCUCUUACAGUCCAGGCACAGAGGAGCAUUUGAACUGGCUUAUACUGGCUUUGUAAAACUCACUGAAGUUCUAAACAGAUGUCCUGAUGUUGGUCUUCAAAAGCUACCGGAACAGUGGUUGCAGAAUGUUUUAGAGGAAGUUAAAUGCAGUGAUCCUUCAUCUAAACUCUGUGCUACGCGGCGCAGUGCUGGAAUUCCUUUCUACAUACAGGCACUGUUGGCAUCUGAACCUAAGAAAGGCAAAAUGGAUUUGUUGAAAAUAACAAUGAAAGAACUAAUCUCUUUGGCUGGACCUACAGAUGACUCCCAAAGCACAGUUCCCCAGGUUCAUGCUUUAAAUAUCCUUAGAGCCUUGUUCAGAGAUACACGUCUGGGAGAAAAUAUUAUUCCUUAUGUUGCUGAUGGAGCUAAGGCUGCAAUUCUGGGCUUUACAUCACCCGUCUGGGCAGUGAGAAAUUCAUCCACACUUCUCUUCAGUACCUUGAUCACAAGAAUAUUUGGAGUUAAAAGGGGGAAGGAUGAACUUUCCAAAAAAAAUAGAAUGACAGGGAGCGAAUUUUUUUCUCGUUUCCCAGAACUCUAUCCCUUUCUCCUCAAACAGUUGGAAGCUGUAGCCAAUACUGUGGACAGUGAUACAGGAGAACUAAACCGUCAUCCAAGCAUGUUCCUCUUACUUUUGGUGUUGGGGAGGCUCUACCCUUCCCCGAUGGACGGCACUUACUCUGCCCUCAGCAUGGCCCCCUUCGUUCCCUUCAUUAUGAGAUGUGGUCGCUCACCUGUCUACCGAUCCCGGGAAAUGGCAGCUCGAGCCUUGGUCCCUUUUCUUUUGAUAGAUGAAAUCCCUAAUACUGUCCGAACUCUGUUGGCUGAACUUCCCAACUGCACUGACCAGCGUUUCCGGCAAAACCAUAUUCACGGGACUCUUCUGCAGGUUUUUCAUUUAUUACAAGCCUUCUCAGACUCCAAAUACAGAAUGAAUACAUACUUGCAGCAGGAGCUGGCUGACAUUGCUGUUUGUACCAAAGCCAAACUCUGGCUGGCCAAGAGGCAAAAUCCAUGUUUGGUGACCAGAGCUGUGUAUAUUGAUGUUCUCUUCCUGUUGACUCGCUGCCUUGACAAAGCUGCAAAAGGCAGCCAGCCAGUUCUGGAGCAUCUUGGCCUCUGGGAGGAAGUCAGAGGGAUCAUCUCAGGAUCAGAGCUGAUAACGGGAUUCCCCUAUACCUUCACGGUGCCUGGCCUGCCCCAGUACCUCCAGAGCCUCACCAAACUAGCCAUCACCACAGUGUUGGCAGUGGCAGCCAAGGAUGGAGGGCAGAGAAGGGAUGUUCCCAUCUCCCUCUCUCAGCUGUUAGAGUCCUCCUUCCCAGAAGUGCGCCUCCUGACACUGGAAUCCCUGUUGGAAAGGUUCUCAGCAGCAGCCCCUGGAUUAGGAGAGAAGGGACUGCCACCCUUGCUGCAGAAUAUGGGAGGGACAUUCUUGAUGUUGGCUAUGAAGGAAAAUCACCCAGAAUGCUUCUGCAAGAUACUGAAAAUUCUCCAUUGCAUGGACUCCAGUGAGUGGCUUCCACAGACAGAGCAAUAUAUCCAGCUAACCCCAAAGGAAUUCUUGAUCUGGACAAUGGAUAUUGCUUCAAAUGAAAGGUCUGAAAUUCAAAGUAUAGCUCUGAGACUUGCUUCCAAAAUGAUUGCCCACCACAUGCAAAUGUGUGAGGAGACCAGGGACUCUGUGGCCCCCAAACUGCAGCAGUGGGUUCAGCUGGUCAUCGCAUCCUGCGGAGAUAACCGUCCCCCAGAGUCUAGGCUGGCCGCUGCUGAAGUCCUCACCAGCACUGCGCCAUGUUUCCUCACCAACGUCCACCCCAUUCUUGGACUGCAGGAUACACUUGCUCUCUGGAGAUGUGUCCUCACUCUCCUUCAGAGUGAGGAGCAAGCUGUUAGAGAUGCAGCCACAGAAACUGUGAUGACCACCAUGUCACAAGAAAACACUUGCCAGUCAACAGAAUUUGCCUUCUGCCAGGUAGAUGCCUCGAUCGCGCUAACUCUGGCCCUGGCUGUGCUCUGUGACCUGCUCAAGCAGUGGGACCAGCUUGAACCUGGACUCCCAGUCCUGCUGGGAUGGCUGUUGGGAGAGGAUGAUGACCUCACAGCCCAUGCGGAGAGCACACAUCAGGUGGAAGAAGACUACCUGUUUGAAAAAGCAGAAGUCAACUUUUGGGCUGAGACCCUAAUCUUCGUGAAAUACCUCAACAAGCACAUUCUCAGUCUCCUCUCCAAGUCCAGCUGGCAUCCCCUCAGCCCUGAGAGGCUCCGUCAUUUUCAAAGGACAGCGUCAGAGCAGUACCAUCUCCUUUCUCAGCUCUUCAGAGAGCUGCCCCCACCUGCUGAGUUUUUGAAGACAGUGGAUUUCAUGAGACUGCGCAUUCAAGAGGAAAGGACUUUGGCUUGCCUGAGGCUGCUGGCCUUUCUGGAAGGAAAGGAAGGGGCAGACAUCCUAGUUCUCAGUGCUUCCGACUCUCCUACAGAAGUCAAUCAGUUAACUCUUCAGAGAACAGAAGCGGCAUUUUGAAGAAAGACAACUUUUGGGGAUAGAGUAGGGGUGGGUUAUUCCCCAACUAAAUCUACGGGAAACGUUGGACAUAAGUUGAAAUAUUUUCUCCCGUUCAUGAGUUUGGUUUUCUGUGAGUCUAGUCUUCUGUCCCUUCUUACAGAGGAAUUUUUCUUCAGCUCACUCAUGCAAAGCAGCCCGGUUUAUUGCAGCUACUGUAGGAAGUGAGGCUACCACACUGAAUAUUCACUCUGUUUCCAGGUGCAGGCCACCUGUGGGUCUGAAUGAGCCAUUUUCUUCCCACAGGAUCUCUAAUACCCAGGCAUAGCUGGCCUGCACUUUCUGUGAAUCGACUAUACAGAAUAGUGUUUGAACACGUGAUUUUCCCCCACUUUUUUUGGCUGGAUGUAGGAGCUGGAGUAGUUGGCAAGCAGCCCAUUUGGUCAGAAUUCCAAAUUUAAUUCCAUUUUAGCUAAGGCAGAAAUGUUCCAAAUGUUGGAUCCUGGGAGAAUUAAGGAUCAACUUCACACAAAUAGUUUUGUUUUUACUAUCUUCUUGUUAAGUCCUGAAGUGUCCUACACAUGCCAUUCUAAUUAUUAAGAAGCCAUUGAAGGGUCCUAUCUCUUAAAAAAGUAUUUGUGCUAAUGCUAGGAAAUCUGAUUUUUGUUACCCAGUGAAGCAUCAACUCUUGGCUGUUAGAAGGAAACUGGGGCAACAAGAGCCAGAAUAAAUGAUUUAUUUGAUA